UAACCGAGAUGGGCUGCUUCUCCUAGUUUAUGCAGUUACUAUCUUCUGGUACUUGCUGUGUUAUGUGCUGCGAUCUGCUGUUUAUAUUGCUCAAAGCACUCCAUAGAACAGGAAAGCUGUGGUUUACUGUCAUGCGUAUGAACUAAACCAGCUUCUGAGGUCAUCACGCGUGUGUAAGGUGGGGAGUGGAGACGAUGACGUGCUAAAUUGCUGGAGGGGAAAAAAAAAUGACUGGGAAUGAGAAGUACAUGACAUUACAAAUGACGGAGGUAACACGGAGGGGCUGAGGAGUGGCAGGGCAGUGUGUGUCGAAGGCAUGUUGCUCCAGGAUUGCUGCCUCCUGGUGAGGUGGGUCCUCAUCAGAGAGACUUAUAGGCAGUAGCUACAGCAGGGUAUUUUUUUCCUACUGGUUGCACAUCUUCCUUAAAAACAUUUUUGCUCCAUCAGUUGGUGAGAGCCUGUUAACAGGAAGGAGGAACUACUUGAUGAUUUUUGAGUUUUGCAGCAUUGGAGGCUGAUUGUUUCCCCUCCACGUUUGUAGCCCAGUGAUUAAAUUCUCUUGCAAAUUUUAGCUUUUUAAACUACUGAAUUCGUAUCCUCUUGUGUGCAGAGAAGCUUGAAAAGAAGCUGUGAGUUCUCAAAAAGAGAAAACACUGAUUUCCCUUUUCAUUAAAAACCAAAACCAACCUUGAACAAAGUGGAGAGGGAUUUUUAUCCCGGGUUGAUUCCCUUACAGAAUAGAGGACUUUAUUUUUUUUUUUUUUUUUCAAACAACAUCUCUUUAAGACGGAUUUUCUGUUGCUAGGAAAUAUUUGGAAGUGAACACCUUCCCAUGAGCGUUUUGCACUACUUCAUUUUGUUGGAGGUUUUUUCCUUUGGCUAGGUGAGCGAUGCAUAAACCCACCCCGAUGAUGUUAUUUCUUUGCGGAGUGCUGCUGAAAGGAUGUUUUCAGUGUUUCCUGCAAGAGCCAAACACGUUUUUUCUCUGGAGAAGAAAAAAAUGCUCGGCGGGGAUUCCUGUGCGAUGGGAAGGAUGUGUUGGUGGGGAGCGCCACCGCUGGGCUGGCAUCUGUUCCUCACCACCUUCUGCCUUUUAGACCCAAUUUCUGCAUUUUCUCUCUCUGGUUUGAUCUCUGGCUUUGGAGUCACCUAUUUACGUGAGCAUUUGGAGCUACAGGACAGCGAACCGAGCAAGCGAAGGUGUAAAUCACCAAAGAGCAGCUGUGAAUGAAAAGAACAUAUGUUCUCUCUGAAUUUUACCGAACCCUUAGUGAAAGUUCUUUAGCUUUAACACCCUUUCAUCUGCCAUUUGUCAGCUCUCGGGUUGCUGGAGUCCCUUUCAGGUGCUGAAGCGCUGGCAGGACUCGUUGACUGGGCAAAAAGGGCUCUGUAGGAGCCGGAAUCGCCACUUAAAUUUGUUUCAAAGCUUUUAGAUCUUUUUAUCCCACUUGAAUCUUGUUUUACCUCUGUGAUCUUAUUUUAUCACUGCAUUUACCAGCUUUAACUGCUCUUUUUUUUUUUUAUCUGGGUUAUUAAUUAAAAGAAUAACUCCAAGGAGGAAUCAAGUGAAUCAAGUUUGUGAUCGCGCUUGAGCAGAAUGUUUUUGUGCACUUUAAGUAGCAUCAAGAGCCAAAGCAAAACUCUGCAGCUCUGAAUGUCCCCGCCAGGAACAAAUGGCCAGAAAUGGGGACAAAAUUCCUCGAGAAGCAGCUCCGCUGGCUGCGCAACAGUCUGACUGCCCGGCGCUUGCUUUUAUCACAAUGCUGGGACAAGGAUCACGUGAAGAGGCGGGGAGCCAGCCCUGCAGAGCCUGGGUGGCAUCGUGGCGUUACUGGUGGGAUCCUGGCAGCUUCUGCCUCCGAUGGCGUUUGUAACCCAGCAGCAGAUCCAAAAGAGCACUUUUUCACCGCAGAGGAGUGUGACAGCAUGAGGAACCAGAUUCAGAGAAUCAUAGCAGAGAUGGAAGUGCCGCCGCACUGCCGCACCGAGUUCUCCACCAAGGAAGAGGAGCAGAUCCAGGUGCAGGGUAGUUCGGAUUAUUUCCUAACCAGUGGAGACAAGAUCAGAUUCUUCUUUGAGAAAGGUGUUUUGGAUCAGCGAGGUAACUUUCUAAUUCCAAAGGAGAAAUCCAUCAGCAAAAUUGGCCAUGCUUUACAUGCUCAUGAUCCUGUCUUCAAGCAAAUCACCCACUCCUCCAAGGUGCAGGAAUUGGGAAGAAAAUUAGGACUUGAGAGACCAGUAGUUGUGCAAAGCAUGUAUAUCUUCAAGCAACCCGGCAUUGGCGGUGAAGUGACCCCCCACCAGGAUGCCACCUUCCUGCACACGGAGCCUCUGGGCAGGAUCCUGGGGUUCUGGAUCGCCCUGGAGGAUGCCACGCAGGAGAACGGCUGCUUGUGGUUCAUUCCUGGCUCUCACACCAGCGGAAUUAACCGGAGGAUGGUCCGUGCAGCUUCAGGUAGCUCAUCGUGUGUCGAGUUUGUAGGGUCAGAGCCGCUCUACGAUGAGAGCCAGUUCAUACCUCUGCCUGUAAGUAAAGGUGGACUCAUUCUCAUCCACGGUGAAGUUGUCCAUAAGAGCGAACUGAACAGCUCAGAGUCUUCUCGCCAUGUGUUCACCUUCCAUGUGAUGGAAGCCAAAGACACCAGCUGGAGCAAAGACAACUGGCUCCAGCCAACUCCCGAACUGCCUUUCCCAUCGCUCUACACUUGAAGUUAGUGAUUGGCUUCUGGAGUCAAUAGCUGAUCAAUAUUCCCUUCCAAUCAUUCGUUCAUGUUCCCUUUUAAACACAGCUUUCACUAGAUCUGCUCUCAAGAUUAAUUUAUCCUCUUCUCAGAACGAGGACCCUUGACGCAGGCAAAUGCACCUGCGUUAGAAGCUGCUACUACAGCACGAGCCCUACUAAUGUGAGAAUAGUUACCCAGUCCUUUUGGUAAGGAAACUUCUUCAGCCUUGACAACAGGCCAUUAAAGACUGCUGCACCUUGACUGGGACCAGUUAAGAAGUAUUUCUUCUUGCAGAUACUCUGUAUUUUCUUCUGAGUCAAGAGCUUGUCUAGUGUGUGUCUUGGCUGUGUCGAUCCCAGCAGUGCAGGUGAACGUGUCAUGUGAGGAUGGCUGACUUUUACCUUUAGGUCUCUGUCUUAUCGUUUGAAUAACAGUGAUCAAAAAGAAUCCUAUUGUGGGCAAAGUGAAGCAGGAAGUCUACUUUAUAAUCAGUCUUCUAAGUAUUUCUAGCAAACUAUAGCUGAGUGUUUGAUCUCUGGGUGUGUUGAUUAAAAAUAUGACUUCUUAAAGAUUCAUGUUGCAAUUACAAAAACAAAAAACCCCAAUCAAACUCCUAACAUUUAAAUAAAAUAAAAAUAGAGAUUCUCCUUUUUAUCUCACUCUUCUUUGAGGAAGACAGUGUGACCUCCUCCAACAGAAGGGGCCAGUGCAAAGUUGUCUGAUGACUGGUUUGGACUCUCCAUGUGCACAAGAGCAAUUACUGUCCCCAAAACCUCAACAAAACCAAAUGAGCAAGGUGAAACCUAUGGAAUGUUAAGAAACUUCAGUUACAUCCAAGGCAAGCUCUAGCCUGUCUCCUAAACUGAAGCCGUGUAGGUGUAAUUUCACUGGCACUGGUGCAGGAGCAAACCUGAGAUAGGAGCCCGGUAUCAUCAAUACACUAAUUACAUCAUAGUAUCGUUAAGACUGCUUGGAGUCCUGGUGGAGUGAGCCCUAGGUCUUACUGACUGAUCCCUUUCAGAAUAUUGCCUGUCUCUGCAGCAGUUUGAUGUGAAAUAGUCAAAUUUGAUGUCUUUAUGGGAAGAAGUUUCUUUCCAGCCCUUUGGGGCUUUGCUGGGCAAUGCAGAACAGGUUCAGUCCAGCAAAGAAUUCAUCGUAGAGGAACGAUGAGGUGGCCACGGUCGGAAUUAGGAAGCUGGGUGAUGGCAACAGCGUUAAUGUUGAGUUCAAAGUUUCUGCAGGUGCAGCUGCUGCCCUCCUGUGCCUGUUCUACAGUUUGUUUGAAAGCCACGAGGGGGGCGGAGGGAAAAUGACUUUAACUCUGGUACUGUUUUAUGACUGGUGAAGGCUGUGGCUCGUGACGGAAGCAGCUAAUGCUUUUUCUGUUAUGCUAUACUCAAUGAUUUACACAGAAAGAUCUUUCUGCUGAGGGGUGAUAGUUUGUCCUCUAAUUAUAUGCACCACUACCUGCAAUGCACAAAACCAUCUAGUUCCAGUGUGUAAAUAAAAGCAAGACUCUGGAUUGGAUUUGCAAGAUUUCCUGUUAAAUGUGAAGGAAACUGUCUGGUGCCAUUACUGAGUUUGGUUUCCUACGGAGUAUCUGAUGGAUUUAUUGCAUUAUUAACCAAAACCAGCUCUGGACAAUUUUGACAUCCUCAGGAAAGGCAGUAUCAAAUCUUGGGAGCCUUGCCCAGGCAGGGAGGUGUGAAUUGAGCAACCCUGUCCCUGAGCCAUUACAGUCCCUGAGCUGUUCGAGUCCAGGCUCGCUGCACAGACACACACAGCAUUAGACUCCAGGGCCAAUUUUCCUGGCUCUGUCGUCUGGCCCAGAGCAGUAGUUUCACUCCACCCCCGGUUUUAGUCUCUCCUAAGACACAGUCUCAGGACCAGGACUGCAGGACAGUAUUGUGUGAGGUACCCUGGACUUGCAUAAAAUUGUUCCCAAAAGUGAAUAAAAGAAGUGUCAGAAGUUAACUUUGUCCUGCAAACAAGAAUCCUGGAAUGCAAAUCUUCUGCUUGGAUGCUUCUCAGGGGAAGGGAAGAAGCAGGGAGGGCAUGUGUCUUGUCCUAAGCGGCACUUGGCAAACUGGGGAGAAGAAAUUGUCAAUACAGAAGGGUUUAAUACAUAAAAAUUAUGUGGGGUUUUUUUGGCCACAAAAUGAUAUUUAUAAUUUUAAUUACAUGGACAGAAUUAAAUGGCUUUACUCAAUUUGUUGACAGGAGCAUUUUUAUAAAUUAUUUGAUUAAACAUCUAGACAAAAAAAUGUGGAAGUAGAAAACUGCAAUAGUAUUAGUUUAUUGACUUUAACAGAUUUUCUGUUUUCAUGAUUAAUGUGUAAUUAGUUUUUUCUGUGACUUUGCUUAGGUUUUUUUUUCCCCCUAUAUUGGCUGUUAUUCCAAAUGAAUUUCGAGAUUAAAAUCUUGAAGGUAAAA